GUGUGUGUGUGUGUGUAAGCGAGAGAGCAAGAAAGAGACGGGCUUUUUUUUCCUUUCCCUAUUCCCUCUCUCUUCAUGCGAGCAGAGCGGAGCGGGACUGAAUGAGAGGAGGACCGAGGCGCAGACGUGUGCAGACCACAGCGCAGCAACUCCACAAAGACAAGCGAGAAGAAGAGUUUGCAGGAAAGAGAUAAGAGAAAGAAAGCAGCUUUUUUUAAAAAAACAUCAGCAAACUGUGGUGGAUUUUAAACAAAAAAAUAACGGAGGAUUUUUGUUUUUCUUGAAUAGGACGAAAGUAUUUGCAUUUCUAAUAAUAUUCUUUUCUGCAUUUCUAUUCACCACAUAAAUAAAAUUGCACUAGAGGACUUGCGAGCAGAGCAGAACUCCUUCUUUUUGCGGACGGAGAGCACCGGGUUUGUUGAAGAAGACCAGACUACAGAGGUGGUGACUAUGCGCAUCAGAGGUGGCUGUUCUGGGGCAGGCGUGGACAAGCAGGCUGGGCAGCCACGCUGGAUAUUAGUGGCCAUGCUCUCUGCCCUGCUCAUGGGCAAGGGUAGCGCCUGUCCAGCCCUGUGUACCUGCAGCGGCACCACAGUUGACUGCCACGGACUGGGGCUCAGAACCAUGCCAAGGAAUAUCCCCCGCAACACUGAGAGACUGGAGCUGAAUGGGAAUAAUCUCACACGCGUCACUAAGAGUGACUUUGCUGGACUGAAGUACCUCCGAGUUCUGCAAUUGAUGGAGAAUCAAGUUACGGUGAUCGAGCGUGGAGCUUUUGAUGACAUGAAGGAGCUGGAGAGACUGCGACUGAACCGUAAUCAGCUGCAGCAGCUUCCUGAGUUGCUGUUUCAGAAGAACCCUGCCCUGUCUCGACUAGAUCUGAGCGAGAACUUCAUACAGUCCAUCCCCAGAAAAGCGUUCAGAGGAGCCACAGACAUCAAAAACCUGCAGCUGGAUAAAAACCACAUCAGCUGCAUCGAGGACGGAGCCUUCCGCGCGUUGAGAGGUUUGGAAGUGCUAACGUUGAACAACAACAACAUCAGCAGCAUCUCGGUCUCCAGCUUCAACCACAUGCCCAAGCUACGGACCUUCCGCCUGCACUCCAACAAUCUGAACUGUGACUGUCACCUGGCCUGGUUGGCCCAGUGGCUCAGGCAGAGGCCCACCAUCGGCCUCUUCACCCAGUGCACCAGCCCCCCGGAGCUCCGGGGCCUCAAUGUGGCAGAAGUACAGAAACACGAAUUCAGCUGCUCAGGUCACCAGGAGGCUCUGGGCCUGCAGCCGUGCAGCGUGGGCGGAGGCUCGUGUCCCGCCAUGUGCACCUGCAGCAACAACAUCGUGGACUGUCGAGGCAAAGGCCUCACCGCCAUCCCAGCCAACCUGCCCGACAGCAUGACCGAGAUACGCCUGGAGCAGAAUGGGAUUAAGUCCGUUCCACCAGGAGCCUUCUCGCUCUACAAGAAGCUGCGUAGGAUAGACCUGAGCAACAACCAGAUCUCAGAAAUAGCUCCCGACGCCUUCCAGGGCCUGCGCUCCCUCAACUCCCUUGUGCUGUAUGGAAAUAAGAUCACUGACUUGCCCAAGGGGGUGUUUGAUGGCCUCUAUGCCCUGCAACUGCUGCUGCUGAAUGCCAAUAAGAUCCACUGUGUUCGUGCCAACGCCUUCCAAGAUCUGCAGAAUCUCUCGCUGCUCUCGCUCUACGACAACAAGAUCCAAACUCUCGCCAAGGGCACCUUCACCUCGCUGCGAGCUAUACAGACCCUUCACCUGGCUCAGAACCCAUUCAUUUGUGACUGUAAUCUGAAGUGGCUGGCCGACUACCUGCGCUCCAACCCCAUAGAGACCAGCGGCGCCCGCUGUGCCAGCCCUCGCCGGCUGGCCAACAAACGCAUCGGGCAGAUCAAGAGCAAGAAGUUCCGCUGCUCCGCUAAAGAGCAGUACUUCAUCCCAGGUACGGAGGACAUCCGCCUGAACAACGCCUGCAACAGUGAUCCCGUGUGCCCUCCCAAGUGUCGUUGCGAGGCCAACGUGGUGGACUGCUCCAACCUGAAGCUCACCAAGAUCCCCGAGCACAUCCCUUCAUCCACCACUGAACUUCGCCUCAACAACAAUGACCUCACCAGUCUGGAGGCCACAGGAGUUUUCAAGAACCUCUCGCAGCUGAAGAAGAUUAACCUCAGCAACAACAAGAUCACCGAGAUCGAGGACGGCGCCUUCGAGGGCGCCUCGUCCGUCAACGAGCUCCACCUCACGGCCAAUCAGAUGGACUCCGUGCGGAGCGGGAUGUUCCGCGGCCUCGAGGGGCUUCGCAUGCUGAUGCUGAGGAACAACAAGAUCAGCUGCGUCCACAACGACAGCUUCGCGGGCCUCCACAACGUGCGGCUGCUGUCGCUGUACGACAACCAGCUCACCACCAUCGCCCCCGGGGCCUUCGACACGCUGCAGACGCUCUCCACGCUCAACCUCCUGGCCAACGCCUUCGUGUGCGACUGCCGCCUGGCCUGGCUCGGCGACUGGCUGAGGAGUAGGAAGAUCGUGACGGGCAACCCGCGCUGCCAGCGCCCCGCCUUCCUCAAGGAGAUCCCGCUGCAGGACGUGGCCCUGCCCGACUUCCGCUGUGAGGAGGGCCAAGAGGAGUCGAGCUGCGUACCCAGACCCCAGUGUCCCAGUGAAUGUACUUGCCUGGAGACGGUGGUGCGCUGCAGUAACAAGCACCUCCACACGCUGCCCAAAGGCAUCCCCAGAAACGUGACGGAACUGUAUUUAGACGGGAACCAGUUCGGCGUCGUGCCGAAGGAGCUGUCUACCUUCAAGUACCUGCAGCUGGUAGACCUGAGCAACAACAAGAUCAGCUCUCUGACCAACUCGUCCUUCGCCAACAUGAGUCAACUCACCACCCUAAUCCUGAGCUACAACUCCCUGCGUUGCAUCCCCAGGAUGGCCUUCAGCGGGCUGCACUCGCUCCGACUGCUAUCGCUCCAUGGCAACGAAAUCUCGGAGCUUCCCGAUGGCAUCUUCAGCGAUGUGGCCUCACUUUCCCACUUGGCGAUCGGGGCCAACCCGCUGUUCUGCGACUGUCACCUGCGCUGGCUGUCCGACUGGGUGAAGACGGGCUACAAGGAGCCCGGCAUCGCCCGCUGCGCCGGCCCGCAGGGCAUGGAGGGCAAGCUGCUGCUCACCACACCCGCCAAGAAGUUUGAAUGCACAGGAGACGUGGACGCCGCGGUGCUGGCGAAGUGUAACCCCUGUCUGUCGGGCCCCUGUCUGAACCAGGGCAUCUGCCACAGCGACCUGGCCGAUGUGUACAGGUGCAGCUGUCCUCCUGGAUUCAAGGGCAAGAACUGUGAGACGGCUCUAAACGCCUGCGUGAGCAACCCCUGCGCCAAUGGAGGAACCUGUCAAGUCAAUGAGGAUGAGGAGGACGAAUACAGCUGUACAUGUCCGCUGGGCUUCGAGGGCCCCACUUGCCAAAUCAACACUGACGACUGUGACGACAACGACUGUGAGAACGGAGCCACCUGCAUUGACGGAAUCAACAACUACACUUGUUUUUGUCCCCCCUAUUACACAGGCGACAUGUGUGAAGAAAUGGAGGACGUGUGCGCCCCUGGACGAAGCCCCUGCCAACACCAGUCUACCUGCCUCAUCACCUCCAAUGGGCCCAAGUGCGUGUGUUCUCCUGGUUACGUUGGCGAUGACUGCAGCGUAGACUACAACGACUGCGAGGAGCACCGCUGUCAGCAUGGAGCCCGGUGUGUGGACGAGCUCAACGGCUACUCCUGCAUCUGUCCCGACGGAUUCAGCGGUCAGCUGUGUGAGGUUCCCCCGUCGGCUCUGUCCCUGUGCGAGCUGGCCGACUGCCAGAACAGCGCCCCCUGCGUGGAGAGGGGGGGCCGCGCCCUCUGCCAGUGCCCCCCCGAGUUCGGCGGGCCGCGCUGCGAGAAGCUGGUCAGCGUUAACUUUGUGGACAGAGACUCGUACCUGCUGCUCUCUGACCUGAAGAACUGGCCUCAGGCGAACAUCACUCUGCAGGUGUCGACGGCUGAGGACAAUGGCAUCCUCUUAUACAACGGUGACAAUGAUCAUAUUGCAGUGGAGCUUUACCAAGGUCACGUCAAAGUCAGCUACGACCCUGGCAGCCAGCCAGGACAUGCCAUCUACAGCACUGAGACCAUCAACGAUGGUCAGUUCCACACGGUGGAGCUGGUGACCUUUGACCAGAUGGUGAACCUGUCCAUUGACGGGGGUCUCCCUACCACAAUGGAUAGCUUUGGGGCAGUGCGGCCCCUCAACGGAGAGGCUCCACUAUACGUGGGGGGUAGGGGCCCUCUCCAGAACACUCCUCCCUCCUCUGCAGGCAUGCCCGUGGAUGUGCACUCCUUCCGUCUCUUGCAGAUCCAGAACGGGUCCAGUUUCCACGGCUGCAUCCAAAACCUGUACAUCAACAACGAGCUCCAGGACUUCACCAAGACCCAGAUGAAGCCCGGCGUGGUGCCGGGCUGCGAGCCCUGCAAGAAGAUCUACUGUGUCCAUGGCAUCUGCCAGCCCGAUGGGAUCCAGGGACCCGUGUGCCACUGCCAGCAAGGCUGGAGUGGUCCUCACUGCGACCAGCCUACAAGCAAUCCCUGCCAGGGCAGCAAGUGCGUCCAUGGAAAGUGCAUCCCGCUGGACUCCCAGUCGUACCGCUGCGAGUGUGUGGAGGGUUACCGCGGUGCCCUGUGCAACCAGCAGGGGGAGCUGUUCAACCCGUGCCGUCGCCUGUCCUGCAAACACGGCCGCUGCCAGAUCUCAGACACUGGAGAUGCCUACUGUCACUGCGAAAAUGGCUACACUGGGGAACUCUGUGACGCAGAGUCUGAGUGCAGAGGGGAGCCCGUGCGGGACUUCUACCAGGUCCAGCGAGGCUACGCCAUCUGCCAGACGACGCGCAUGGUGUCCUGGGUGGAGUGCUCCGGGGUGUGCGACGCCGGGGCCUGCUGCGCCAGCCAGAGGAUGAAGCGCCGGAAAUACACCUUCGAGUGCAGCGACGGGACCUCCUUCAGCGAGGAAGUGGAAAAGACCAUCAAGUGCGGCUGCGUGGGCUGCAUGUAGCAGCAUUCGCCCCCCCAUUUCCUGCCACUGCCGCCGAGCAGAAGAUUAGGAAAGAAGGAAGAGAGAGGACUGGAGGAAGGCGAUGAGUGAAAGAGAGAUUAUAAAGAAUAUAUAUAAAACCUCUAUCUAUAUAUUAUGGACAACAAUGUUUGUAAAAUAGGACAUUUCUUCCCCUUCCAAGGGUGUGUGACCUACAGUAACACAGUGAAGCCAACAAAGUAGACGAGACAACAACCUCAACAGAACCACUGUAUCUGCAACAUUGUUCCAACGGUCCAGAGAUUUUUAAGGUGUUGCAUCGAGCGAGCGAGAGAGAGAGAGAGCCCCUCCAACCCAGUUUACCCCGUGUGAAUCCCCCUCCAUCUGUCAAGCCUCCGACAGCCACCCACCAUCUAUCUGUGCUUUGUGCGAGCGGCGAGAGCGCCGGGGUCCAGCCGGGCUCGUGAGCGGAUGAGAAGAGACCGACCUGGCAACGCGAGCUGGGGUGGAGCUCGUGGUUCGGGUCCGGUUGGAGCUGUUGUUGUGCAGUCAUGCAUUCCACACACGCACAACUCGAGGCCAACGAGGAGCCGUUGGGGUUAGAGAGGCGCAUGAUCCAGGUGUGGUGCUACAGGUGUCUGCUGCGAGUUACCAUGAGAUCGGCAUUUUUCUUUUUUUAAAAAAACACAGAGACUGCACUGACGAGCAGCGCUGAGAGUGAAACACACAUCUCUGACAGUACAGAUGCAUGGCGUACAUACAUUUACGGAGUGAGAGGGCGCGUGUGGCCAACACGCCGGCCGCCGGCAGCGCUACGUGCUUAUCGGUCCCCCAGCAUGCAUUGCCUCAGGGAUGGGGCGAUUCGCAUUACCCCCCACCCGCUUUGGAGCAGGAGGCAGUUAAUCCCUGCUCCUCUUGAUGCCUGCAGUAUUAAACGUGUGCAAACCGUUGCAUGUGUGGAGACGUUUGCCAACAAAUAUGUAGAGCUUCAUAGCAUCACUAUAAAUAUUACAAAACAAACGUUUGCUGAAUCGCUGCCUGUUUUUUGUUUUGUUUCGUCUAAUUUCUCUCGUAUUGAUUUGUUUUUGUUGUAUUAAUGUAACCUUACUCCUUUAGCUCCCUCCCCCAACAAACCCUUUAUAUAGAAAUACCUAACAGAUUCUAAUAUAUAUAUAUAUUUGUAUUUCCUUUUGGUAUAGUAUUUUUCUAUGUUAAAGAGUAAGUCUGGAAGCUUUAGCGUUGAUGGAAAAAAGCAUUGAGUUGGUUCCUUAGGUGUUUUUAUUUGUUGAUCUCACUCACUUCAACAAGGUAAUGAGUUACAUCAAUUGGCCACAAAACUACAGCAGCUGGUUGGCCUUAUUGUAUAGGAGUCAGUAUUGGUCUAGAAAUAUGUUUAAUAUUGUAUAUGUUGUCUUCCAUGUGAAUAUUACAUCUAAUCAUGAGAGUCUGUGCUUGAUUUUAUUUAUUUUCUCUAAAAAGCGGUUUCCUUUAGGAAGUGAAGGGGCGCGAAUGCUACUUACUUUCAAAUAAUCGAAACCUAUAUAGAAAAGGUGAAAUACUGACUAAAAACAGCAUAAAAAUCUGUAACUGUAACAUCACAGUGCUCUCCUCCGCGCUGGCUCAGACAUUCCUCAUUCACUGCUGGAGGCUGGAAAAGGCCCUGAAAACCAACCUUGUAAUUACCGUUCCACGCAGCCCUUCUGAUUGUUCGGCUCCGUUAAUCGGACGCCUGUCUUUUUUUAGUUCAUCGGAGUUAAAGUAGUCAAGCUCAACUGCUCAUAAGCUGCUGUCAAGCCAGAAGAAACAGGAUGAAGUUGCCUCUGUGGACAGUGAUCACGUUAAGGUUCGUCAUCCUGUGCGAAGCGCCACACGCCUAUAGUGGACAGAUGCGAAAUGACUGCAGGGUCGGGACUCGUCUGACUGGCUUUCCACACAAAAAAAGAAGAAACGGUGCCAAGUACAGUGAACACAGUCAUACCUGAAUGUAUAAAUGUGUAUAGAUAAAUAUGAGCUAUGCUUAUUCAUGAAGUGGUAACGUUUAGCUGUUAAUUAGUUUCCAAUGUAAAAUAUAGAAAUCGCGUGAGGGUGGCUUCAUCAGUCAUUGUUCUCCUUACGGACCGGGACGGUGUUUCUCCAUUUUGCUGAUCUAAAUGUUCCAAGUGACUUUAUUGUGAAAGGCUGCAGACACGGAUCUCAGCUUGCUGCCAUGCCACAUCACAGAGCUCCCAUUUCUAUUGCUGCCCAUGUUAACCUUGUUUUAUAUGCUGUUGAUGUGAUCCCAGUGGUGUACAAUAACAUAAAGCUCUCAAAGGAUACUGAUGAACAGUCACUGUAAUGUUUAGGCUGUGUACCUCAUACAGGUGCAUAUUUAGUCGAAUGUGGCUUCUUUCCCCUCCAUGUCUCCUUCCUCUGCACAAGUCUGGUGCAUUCAACUUCCUGGUAGACAUCUUAGUGGUGCUUGUGCUAUAUUGAGAUGUAUUUCAGUUAUUCGGUCACAUGACCAGAAACACAGACUUGCCAUCUACAACUAUAUACGUGAAUAUGUUAUUGUAAACAACACAGUGUCUCUGUUGUAUUGAACUGGUGCAAAAACGUACAAAAAUGCCUGGUUGGGUUCUGUCUGUUUGCUUUUUUCGUUACAGGAUCUAUGGUGGGAUUCAACUGAAAAACUCCCAAUAAUGCUGAAUGUAUGUAGUGCCACCGACAAAAUGUUUACCAAACCUCCACUCUUUUCAUUGAUUAAACUUAAAUGUGUGUGCUUUUA